GUGAUAUGUCCUCAUCCUCUGUUCAAUUGAAGCAUUGCCCUGAUUGAUAGUGAUAAAGAAUUACUCGCUUCUUAUUCAACUGCUACUAUUGGAUGUUCGUGACUCUCAGAAUAAGAUACCGAAACGCUGUUUCUAGAUCUUCUCUCUACCACAGUAGAAGCAUCGCUGAUCCAACAGGAGUAACCUGGUACUCAUUGCCUUCUCGUCCAAAAUGGUUAAUAUUAAGCCUAUACGCUUUUGUUGACUAUUGGGCGAAGGUCUUUUCUUAUUACUUUUCAUCCACUACCGUGCACUAAGAGCAGUGUAAUGCUUUUCGUCCCCUCUACUAUAUAGAUGGUGGCAGUGUCGUGGACGCGGCAUGGAGCCAUAUUAUUUAAUUUAUUUCUUCAAGAUCUUUUGAUAUCUGCAGAAUAAUGGUGGCACUUCGAGACCUCUCAUCAGUAUCAAGCCGUUGCUGCUCGAC